GUCAAUCUCCGAAAUCGAGCAGAUGUUUAUUGUUUUGUUUUCGUUUUGCAAGUAAAUAUACGAUGUCGGAAGAUUGUAAAUCUGAUUCUUCGACUUCAGAGUCAGAAGUUAGUGCCUGUAGUUCCAGUUAUAAUCCAUUGAAGGCUCUCUACUCGGACAAAGUAAAGAUACCGGUUGAAUCGGCGCCGUUGUAUGAAAACAUCGCUCAAUUUGAAGCCGCACAGAGCAAAUCAAAUGAAAUAAUUCCACUUGGACAUGCGAAAUUGGUUCAGAAAAGAGAAGAAGAGAAGGAAAAGAAAAGAAUAGAGGAGGAGAGAUUGUUAGAAGAAAAGAAUAAACGCCGGUUCGCUCAGUAUCAAACAGUCAUGGUGCCAACAAAAGAGUAUAGAGCGAAGAACCUCCUCACUCGCAUAGAGGUUAUGGAAGGACCCCUUGGGGUUUUAAAGGAAUGCGUCGACAAGAGGCUUAGAGUUAAGAUAAUAACACGUAGCCACUCAGGAGUGAGAGGUGUACUACAUGCGACCCUGGUGGCUUUUGAUAAACAUUGGAACAUGGCGCUCAGUGAUGUCCUAGAAGUUUGGCAGAAAAAGAGGGUGAAACAAAGGAAGAUCCCUCCUGUAAUGGGUAAACCAGUACCGAAAGGCACAGCGGCAACAAUCUCUACAAUCCCGACUGUGACAGAAACUCCUCUGGGGAAGGGAAUAUUCGAAUGCCAGAGACACGUGCCACAGAUGAUGAUGCGUGGUGAACACAUAGUACUAAUCAACGUGGUGGAGCGGUGACCUCUUCUAAACACUGCCAGCCUGGUAGUUCGAAUAUGUGUUGCGACUUUUUGUGCGACCUAUGUUGUAAUCUUUACGUGUUAACUUUUUGUAUCACUUGCUAGUUACUAUUAUAAUAUUUUGAUAGUUUAUGAUAGUAUCUAAUACGCUUAUCGAUCAUAGAUCGCUAGAAUUUAAUCGAUGGUGCUGCGAUUGAGCUAGAAAAUAUGUUGCAACUGGUUAUAGCUUAGUGUUCAAAUGAGCCUUAAACAAAGUUAUUUUUAUAAUCAAAAAAGUUUGUGUACUUUUUAAUGACAAUAAAAUGUUCUCACUGACAUUCCCAUGCGUUUCCAAUGUCCCAGUAUUGUCAGCGUAUAAAAUAAAAUAAAAUCCACACAAUGCUUGUUUUGAGGAACGUUAUUCGAUUUUUAAAUGAUAUUCCAUGAGAACGGGCCGCCAUUGAAAUUACGAACAUUACACCCAAUUAAAUACAUACUAUGUAUUUUGAGUUUUUUAAAUGGAUUCUCUUUUAUUUUGACGUGAACAUCUAUAAAGUUGUAAAUAUAGAUAUUUGCUCA